AAAAAGAUUGAAAAAGAACUCAUCAUGGAAUGGGUACCAACACAAGAGGGACUUUCACAGCUAUUGCAGCUGCUAAAAGAUUCCGUGUCUCCGAAUAAUGAAAUUCAUACCAUGAUACAACAAAAACUCGAAUCAUUCAAUAAAAUACCAGAUUAUCCUAAUUACCUCGUAUACAUUCUCACCCAAAUGCCACAAGAGGAGGCGUCUACCCGUGCGAUCGCAGGCCUUCUUCUAAAAAACACAAUCCGUGUAUAUUUUUCAACAAUUCCACGUGAGGUGCUUACAUAUGUGAAGACAUUGUCAAUCAAAGGGUUAGGUGAUCAAGAUGUAAUGGUGCGAGGUAUCGUCGGGAAUGUGAUCACUACUAUCGUGACGAGAGGGGGGUUGGUGGAUUGGCCGCAGAUCUUGCCGAGUUUAAUGGAGUUAUUGAAUUCUCCAGAUUACAACGUUGUGGAGGGUUCUUUUGGUGCUCUUCAAAAAAUCUGUGAGGAUUCAGCUCGUGAGCUCGAUCAAGAUACUAAUGGAACACGACCUCUCAGUUAUAUGAUUCCUAAAAUAAUUCCGUUUUUUGAUUCACCACACGUCAAGAUUCGUGUGUUUGCUGUCUCGUGCAUAAAUCAAUUUAUUCUCAUGAGAUCAAAUUCCCUUUAUAAUCACAUCGAUGAGUUUGUGGCUGCUCUUUUCAAGAGAGCUAGUGAUGAAAACCCGGAAGUCCGUAAAAACGUCUGUCAGGCUUUAGUAAUGUUGCUUGAGGUGCGUCCUGACAAGCUUAUGCCUGAAAUCGCAAACGUUGUGGAGUACAUGCUUUAUUCUACACAAGAUCAAGAUGAACAAGUAGCACUGGAGGCAUGCGAGUUUUGGUUGGCUUUCGCUGAGCAAGAAGAACUUCGGGAUCAUUUACGCCCUUUCCUUCCUAGAAUCGUGCCAGUGUUGUUAAAAGGUAUGGUUUAUAGUGAAAUGGACAUCAUGACUCUUGGUGGUGAUGAAGAUGAUUCCAACGUUCCGGACAGUGAGGCCGAUAUUAAACCUCGCUUUCACCGAGCAAAGACUCACACAUUUGAACGCACGGAGGCUAAUGAAUGGAACCUGCGAAAAUGUUCGGCUGCAGCUUUGGAUGUGCUUGCUACCGUUUUUGGAAAUGAAUUACUAGAAAUUCUGUUGCCCUUCUUGAGAGAACAACUAUUUCAUCAAGAAUGGAAACAUCGUGAAUGUGGUAUUCUGGCUCUUGGUGCUGUUUCUGAAGGAUGCAUGGAGGGAGUGGAACCACACUUGCAAAAUUUGGUCCCUUAUCUUAUUCAAACGCUUAAUGAUAGCAAGCCGCUUGUUCGCUCAAUUACAUGUUGGACACUGGGUCGCUAUUCUCGUUGGUGUGUAAAUCCCCCGAAUCCACUUCAAGACAGAUCCAAGUAUUUUGAACCUUUGCUUGAAGGGCUCUUGCGUAAGGUCCUUGACAAUAAUAAACGUGUUCAAGAAGCGGCUUGCAGCGCAUUCGCUACUCUGGAGGAGGAGGCUUGUGAAUUGCUCAUUCCUUAUUUAGAUCCAAUUCUUCGGAAUCUCGUUUUUGCCUUCACCAAAUAUCAGCACAAGAACUUGCUCAUCCUUUACGAUGCAAUCGGUACAUUGGCCGAUUCCGUCGGUUCAGCCCUUAAUAAGAAGGAAUAUAUAGACAUUCUUAUGCCACCGCUUAUUGAAAAAUGGCACCUACUUAAGGAUGACGACAGAGAUCUAUUUCCCUUGUUGGAGUGCCUAUCUUCGGUUACGACUGCUUUAGGAUUAGGAUUCCAGCCCUUCGCUCAGCCGGUUUUCGAACGUUGUGUAAAGUUAAUUCAUAAUACUUUAGUGCAAUACCAGUUGCAUCAACAGAACUCAUCAGUGGAAGUACCAGACAAAGACUUUAUGAUUGUCGCCUUAGAUUUAUUGAGCGGACUGACACAAGGAUUGGGCAAUCAUAUUGACGCUCUCGUCGAACAUAGUAACCCUCCCUUAUUAUCGUUGCUGAACGUCUGCCUAACUGAUAUUGUUGCUGAGGUUAGACAAUCUGCCUAUGCUCUGUUGGGCGAUCUCUCCAUUGCAUGCUUCCCUCGCAUCAAACCUUUCCUCAAUCAAUUUAUGGUCGACUUGAUCAGUCAAGUUGAUCCCGCCGCUGAGCACGUUAGUGUUUGUAAUAACGCUGCAUGGGCGGCUGGUGAAAUUGCUUUGCAAUGUGGUGCAGAGAUGCAACCAUGGGUUCCUCCUUUGUUGGAAAGAUUAAUACCUCUUCUGACCAACGAGUCCACACCUCGCACGUUGUUGGAAAACGCUGGGAUUACAAUUGGUAGAUUAGGUCUUGUGUGUCCUCAAUUAGUUGCACCACACUUGGAUACAUUUUCAGAAGCUUGGUGUAAAGCUUUGCGAUCGAUCCGUGACAAUGAUGAAAAAGACACCGCCUUUCGUGGACUGUGCGAGAUGAUUCAAGUCAAUCCUAACGGCAUUGCAAAGAGUUUUCUAUAUUUCUGUGAUGCUGUAGUUCAAUGGCAGCAUCCCCCGCAAGAAUUAAACGAAAUAUUCCGUAAGAUCCUUACGGAAUUUAAGCAGAUGCUGGGUUCUAAUUGGGAAGCAUAUACAAAUCAUUUCCCACCUCACAUAAGGCAACGACUCCUCGAACGUUAUGGACUUUGA